GAACAGCGAGCCCUAUGGGUGGACUACUCCCUCCUCCAACCACGGAGGGAAAGUGCCCGGAUCACUCCUAAUAAGGGUAACUCAGGAAGGAAACAGGCGUGUCAGUUCUCUGUGUUACAUGAUUUCCGCUCCCUGGGAAGUUCUUCGCACGGCGAUUCCGGGACCCGCGUGGUGCCUUCAGGAGCAUUUGCCCGUUUGGUAGCCUUCAGCUUGGAGUCAACCGCAGACACAAAUAAGCCCCACCAUGCAGGAUCCUAAUGCAGACACCGAGUGGAAUGACAUCCUACGUAAGAAGGGCAUCCUUCCUUCAAAAGAAAAGCUGAAAGAGCAGGAACAGGCAGAAGAGGAGAGGGAGCAGCAGCUCCUCCAGCAACAAUCAGUUGUGAAAACUUAUGAAGAUAUGACCCUGGAGGACCUAGAAGAAAAUGAAGAUGAAUUCAGUGAGGAAGAUGAGCGUGCUAUUGAAAUGUACAGGCAGCAACGAUUAGCCGAGUGGAAGGCGACUCAACUAAAAAAUAAGUUUGGACAAGUUUUAGAGAUUUCGGGACAAGAUUAUGUCCAAGAAAUUACCAGAGCUAGCAAGGAUAUAUGGGUGGUGUUGCACCUAUACAAGCAAGGUAUUCCCCUCUGUGCCUUGAUAAACCAACACUUAAGUGAACUUGCAAAGAAGUUUCCAGAUGUCAAGUUUGUCAAAGCCAUUUCUACAACCUGCAUACCCAACUAUCCUGAUAGGAACCUUCCCACAAUCUUUGUUUACCUCAAAGGGGAUAUCAAGGCCCAGUUUAUUGGGCCUCUGGUGUUUGGAGGCAUGAACCUGACAAAAGAUGAAUUGGAAUGGAAGAUUUCUGAGUCAGGCGCCAUCAAGACAGACCUGGAGGAAAACCCCAGGAAGCAGAUCCAGGACCAGCUAAUGACUUCAAUCAAGUGUUCUGUUCCAACAAGGAGCAAAGACAGUGACUCAGAAGAUGACUAAGGCAUUUAUAUAUGCACUGUGCCAGUUGAUACUAUGUGGAGUUACUCAGUGUGGCUGAACUUAAUGAGACUUACUUCCAAGUAAAAGUGCGUGGGAUUGCAGCCUAAAUACCAAUGGUGGUAUUUAUUUUUUUCAAUAAUGUUUUGAAAUUGAUUAUAGGCUCCCAGAGGGGCAAAUUGAGUGGAGGAGUAUAAAAUGUGUCCUAAAGAAUCAUCAUUAAACUGCCACUAGUUGUGACCAUUUUCAACAGGAAUUAACUCUGACAGUGACCUGACCCCCAUGGUACUGCUUGUGUAUAUGGUGUUAUUCCCUUACCAGUGGUUGGUGGUAUGACACUCUUUACCCAUGGACGACAGUCAUUUAAACCCCCAGAGUGCUUGGUCAUUUUUAUGCUGUAACAAAAGUUAACAGCUAAUGACCAUGGUCAGAAACUGGUCAUGAGGCAAGAUGAAUUCUCAAAUAAAGUAUGCUGGUCUAUGACCAUAAUAAAGAUAAUUGAUUGAUCUCAAAUAAAGGUCUAUGGUUGAUGCGUCAAAGACUGUACUGAAUACUUUUUUCCCCAUUUGUCCAUUGUACCACCAAGAUCUCUGAACUGCAGAUGAAAUGUUUUGUAGGUUCAGGAUAGGUUAUUGUAGCAAAUUUGUUUAAAUCCAGAAAGCUCUCAGAACUUAUUUAUCAUCUAACUUGAGAUGCAGUUUCUUAUAUGAUCUCAAAAAUGACACCAGACUGGCUCACGUACUGUGUAUGGCUGGCUUGAGCGCUGCUUGCACAAAUGAAAAGUGGAGGAAGACUCUCAAAGCUGCUGGUAGAUUAACUAUAUCUUUUUACUGAUGCAUUUCAUAUGGAUACGUUCAGUAUUGCCUAAUGCAUCUCGAGCUGAAAUGCUCUUCUUCAGAGGCAAUUCUUUAGUCAAUAAAGUGGCUCACAAUAGGUUUGUGUUUGUUUCUCCCCCUUCCCUCUUAGCACUGCCUGUGCCCCUGAGCACAUGUGAAUUGCUGCUUGAGGCUGCAUGGUAGGGCUGCAGUGCUGGGUGGUACUGGUAAGGGCUCCGUGCAGGGAGUGGUGCAUUACAGCACCCUGCGUGGAGCACUGCUGCCCUUCAGUGCAGCAGCCUCAUUGCAGCUUUUCAUACACACGCAGGGAGACAGGCCGUACUCCAGCGAUAAUGAGUUCUCUGGCACGGUACACUAGCCAAAGAUUUAAAACUGUAACACAACUGAUACUGUAAUUGUAAUUAUGUAAAGUAGCCCAGCUGAAUGGUUCUGUUUCCUUCUUCUACCUGCCUUCUGUUGAACAAAGAUUGGAGCAAUACAUUUUUCUUCAGUUGUAAGUACUACUUUACAGUGGCUGUGACUAUAUUUUAUGUUCUCUGUAAACCUUGUAAUAAAAAUGAUACAAAAAGAUGCAA